AUGCUGACGGUCGGUGACGGGCGUUUAGCACGACGAGCCGACUCGGACAACGCGCCGCUCCGCCUCCCAACUGAGCUCACCACGAUGAUCUUCGAGAUCAAUCGCCAUUCGGCCACGGGGUUGCUCCGUCCUCAGUGGCAACUUCCAGCGUCAUUGCGACUCUUGCCCUCCCAGCUCCCAAUGGCUGUAAUCCCAGCGUCCAUAGGGAGAGAAGAGGACAGAACCCCCCCGCUCCUCAACCAGGACCAAACUCGACUGGAGCGGCGUCCACCAGACGAACAACACCUGGGACCCCACCCUGGCGAACCCCGUGGGCAAUGCCUAAGUUUGACGUCUUCCGAGAAGGAUCUUCCCUUCAGCGUCAGCGGGGCCAUCGUCAUCAUCGUCGUGGUCCUACCGAUGAGCGGUCAAUCGGCAGGAAUGAGAUCCAGGCAGCCGUCGAGUUUGAUGCCCCCUGUGCUCGCGAAUUUCUCCAAUCCCCAACCUGCGGCAUCUUCACAACAGGCAGCCCUAGAUGGACCUUCCGUUGAGCAUGACCGCGGCCAUGUGCGGACGGCUGGCAGGAAUGCUGGAGAAGCAUCUACUCCAGCGCUCGGUGGCAACACCAAAUUCACCAGUGUCAUGAGCACAGUCGGCACUACUGACGCCUGCCACGGUCCUCCUCCUGUCGCUGGGUCGCAGUGUUCUACACCGCCCUUUCCUCAACACCAACACCACCAGCAUCACCAGCAACAACACCAGCAACAACUACAGGUGGAUCAUGGUGUCUCCGCCGUCGUGCCAUAUCCCCCUUGUCCUAUGCCAGAAGUGGUGACAAACCUGCAACAACGGAUAUCUGCUUACGAGGAUGCCCGUGCACGCAUUGCGUCUGCAGAACGGCUUGCCCAGGCAGCCCGAGCCGCUGGUCACCGUCUACUGACGGAUACUUGUCCGCCGCCGGAGAACGCUCUUCCGCUCCGAUCGUCGAUACCGACCUCCUCUUCGUUUGUCGAGUUCCGCGUGAACGUUGGUGGCGCAACCAACUUCGAUAUCUCCACUCCAGCGACUGAAGCAGAAAGAUGCCGGGCGGUACGGGCGAAGGCUCAGAAGGAGGCGCAGAAGGAGGCUCAAAAGGACGCCAAGAAGAAGGACCCAGAAGAAGGCCCAGAAGAAGGCAUUCGCAGCUCUCCAGUCGUUAGAGAGGUUGCGGAGGAGACCCAGCGCCUUGUUCCUGGGGUGGUUGUUAAGAGAAGCCGCAACAGGACUGACAGCCCACCUCCCACUGAACCCUAUCGUCCAUCGGAGAAGGCACUUGGAAAGCGCAAGGCUGUGGAGAUUCUUGCAGAAGUGGACGGUGUCGAAUUUCUCGACGGCGACUUGCCCGACGACGCUGAGGAGUCUACGGAAUGCCAGCCUGUCUUCAAAGCCGACGAACAGUGUGCAAAGGAGACGCCCUCCUCGAAGCCAUACCCGGAGUGCAACUGCACAGGCGUCGAGCACGAGGUCAGUUGCAUUUUGGAUACGGUCUUUGCCUCGCUAUCGGAUCCUCCGACCACGACGAGUACAGAUGCAGUUGAAGCGGGGAGCACAGUCGGAGUUGUGGAUUUUCCGGAAUUGAAUUACCUAGCGGAGGGUCAGGACGAACCACUCGACUCAUCAGCGCACCUAGAGGGAUUUUCGUUUGCAGAGGACCCAUUCGGGUUUGAACUUUGGCCUCUGUCCUGA